UUCAGCCGUGAGCCCAGACGCAGGCGCGGAGCUAAACCCGGAGGUGAACCGGCUACAGCUGGGGCCACGCCCACAGACGCCAGGCUGUCGGGGCGGGAGGCACUCGCGCUUCCAGCCUGGGCCAACCAGGCUGGUUGAGGCUCGAAGCGCAUGCACGGUCUCGCCCGCCGUACUGGCCGAGCCAGCAAAUCGCAUUGCGCGGACGACCAGCGCGCGCCUCGGAUUCCGCCCCCGGGAUGGCCCCGCCCCCUCCCGCCCCGCGGCAAGGCACGCACAGGUCGGUGCGCGGGUGGGUGGGUCCUAGCAGCGCGGCCUGACGGGACCAAGGCGGCGGGAGUCUGCGGUCGUUCCCUCGGCUGUGGACCGGGCGGCACGCACGCGGUGCGGGGUAACAUGGCGGAUGCGGAAGUAAUUAUUUUGCCAAAGAAACAUAAGAAGAAAAAGGAGCGAAAGUCAUUGCCAGAAGAAGAUGUAGCCGAAAUACAACACGCUGAAGAAUUUCUUAUCAAACCUGAAUCCAAAGUUGCUAAGUUGGACACGUCUCAGUGGCCCCUUUUGCUAAAGAAUUUUGAUAAGCUGAAUGUAAGGACAACACACUAUACACCUCUUGCAUGUGGUUCAAAUCCUCUGAAGAGAGAGAUUGGGGACUAUAUCAGGACAGGUUUCAUUAAUCUUGACAAGCCCUCUAACCCCUCUUCCCAUGAGGUGGUAGCCUGGAUUCGACGGAUACUUAGGGUGGAGAAGACAGGGCACAGUGGUACUCUGGAUCCCAAGGUGACUGGUUGUUUAAUCGUGUGCAUAGAACGAGCCACUCGCUUGGUGAAGUCACAACAGAGUGCAGGCAAAGAGUAUGUGGGGAUUGUCCGGCUGCACAAUGCUAUUGAAGGGGGGACCCAGCUUUCUAGGGCCCUAGAAACUCUGACGGGUGCCCUAUUCCAGCGACCCCCACUUAUUGCUGCAGUAAAGAGGCAGCUCCGAGUAAGGACCAUCUACGAGAGCAAAAUGAUUGAAUACGAUCCUGAAAGAAGAUUAGGAAUCUUUUGGGUGAGUUGUGAGGCUGGCACCUACAUUCGGACAUUAUGUGUGCACCUUGGUUUGUUAUUGGGAGUUGGUGGUCAGAUGCAGGAGCUUCGGAGGGUUCGUUCUGGAGUCAUGAGUGAAAAGGACCACAUGGUGACAAUGCACGAUGUGCUUGAUGCUCAGUGGCUGUAUGAUAACCACAAGGAUGAGAGUUACCUGCGGCGAGUUGUUUACCCUUUGGAAAAGCUGUUGACAUCUCAUAAACGGCUGGUUAUGAAAGACAGUGCAGUAAAUGCCAUCUGCUAUGGGGCCAAGAUCAUGCUUCCAGGUGUUCUUCGAUAUGAGGACGGCAUUGAGGUCAAUCAGGAGAUUGUGGUUAUCACCACCAAAGGAGAAGCAAUCUGCAUGGCUAUUGCAUUAAUGACCACAGCGGUCAUCUCUACCUGCGACCAUGGUAUAGUAGCCAAGAUCAAGAGAGUGAUCAUGGAGAGAGACACUUACCCUCGGAAGUGGGGUUUAGGUCCAAAGGCAAGUCAGAAGAAGCUGAUGAUCAAGCAGGGCCUUCUGGACAAGCAUGGGAAGCCCACAGACAGCACACCUGCCACCUGGAAGCAGGAGUAUGUUGACUACAGUGAGUCUGCCAAAAAAGAGGUGGUUGCUGAAGUGGUAAAAGCCCCGCAGGUAGUUGCCGAAGCAGCAAAAACUGCGAAGCGGAAGCGAGAGAGUGAGAGUGAAAGUGAUGAGACUCCUCCAGCAGCUCCUCAGCUGAUCAAGAAGGAAAAGAAGAAGAGUAAGAAGGACAAGAAGGCCAAAGCUGGUCUGGAGAGUGGGGCCGAGCCUGGAGAUGGGGACAGUGAUAACACCAAGAAGAAGAAGAAGAAGAAGAAAGCAAAAGAGGUAGAAUUGGUUUCUGAGUAGUGAAGGCCACUUGAAGCAUUGUGUCCAGCUGGAGGAGAAACUAAAGCCUUAUUGAGAAAACAUGUUAUAGAUCCUUUUGUUGCUGAGAGUGUGGAACAUAGGUCCUAGACAGGGUGAAGAGUUCUGGCACAUUGUAGCUGCUACUUUGAGACCUCGGUGAUGUUACCUGGUGUGGUCAUCCCAUCUUGUCCUGUUUUAAGGAUAUGGGUGAUGAAAGAUGAAAGAGGCAGAGUUUAUCCCACUGACUUCUCUGUUUUGAGUUGGGAAGCCUCGCCUUCAGACCCAGUAACUGUCUGCAGCUGUCUGCUAGUGGUUGUCUUAACAUCGUAGUCCUAGUUUGCAUUUUUUUAAUCCCCUCUGUUUAAAAGGUUUGUAAAACAAAACAAAAAACUAAGUCUGCUCAGUGAAAUGGUGUAGAACCCUAAAUAAGUGGUAGAAGAGUGUCACUGAAUUUUGUCUCUGAAUUCAGUAUAACUGAGUUUUGUCCAUGCUGGUGUCUGGGUUAUAGGCCUGAUGGGCCUGGUAGUUUUCCAUCUUGUUCUGGCCUAGAGGUCAGUCCUUUGCACUUCCUCAAAGCUUGUGUACAGUGCUCACCUAAAUCCAUCUGACUACUUGUUCCUCUGCCCUCUUGUUUUAGGCCUCGUUUACUUUUAAAAAAUGAAAUUGUUCAUUGCUGGGAGAAGAAUGUUGUAAUUUUUACUUAUUAAAGUCAACUUGUUAAGUUUUUUAUGUAUUCCUGUUGGGUUUUCUUGUUGAUCUCAUGCUAGCAGAGCAAAAAUUGUGAAAUAUUUUGAUUAAAAAUCUAGGGACCUUUAUGUCCUAUUUGAAA